AUGGCCAUGAUCAAUGGUUUAAGGGAGGACAAUGCACGAUCCAGGGAGAGAGAGGAGGCCAUUCAACGCGAAAACGAGGAGAUAAGGAGAAGAGCCGACGAGCUGCAGGCCAGAGUAGCGGCUAGUACUAGGACUGUUGAGGAGGACGUCAUGUUGGAGGUCCCUAGGGACUUUCGACCAUUUUCGGAGGCCAUAGAGGCCGAGGUGAUCCCUAGGGAUCAUCGGAUACCGCAGAUCGAGCCUUUCGAUGGAACGCAAGAUCCCAGUCAGCACUUGACAGACUUCCGGGCUCAAAUGUUAAUCUGUGGAGGGAGCAUGGAAGUCCGUUGCAAGUUGUUCAUGGGCACUCUCAAGAAGGCGGCGCUCGACUGGUUUAGCGGUCUCCCGGAUAGGGCGAUCACCGAUUUUGAUGUUUUCAGCCGGCUCUUCAUGGCGCAAUUCGCUGCUAACAAAAAGAAGCCGCCGAUCACAUCGGAUUUGUUCGACCUCAAACAGCAACGCGAGGAAUCUCUGAAAGAUUUCCUGCAAAGAUUUAAUGAGGUCGCUUUGAGGAUAGCAUCAUUGGACGAGAAGAUGGCGGUUAUCGCAUUCCAGAAAGGUCUGAGGUCUGGGGCUUUCGACAUUGCACUCGAAAGAGCGAACUGUCAAACGAUGUCGGAGGUAAGGGCUUUUGCUUUGAGCCACAUCAAGACGGAGGAAAACCAGAUUGUUAAAAGGGCGGCUGAGAACCGAGAAGCAGGAGGCAGCACUAAAGAGGGAAACAAACAUCUCCGACCUCGGUCAGACUGGAAUAAGCGGCGCGACCGGUACAGUGCGAAGGAGGGCAAUUACCGACAGGCCGAUCACGGUGGUCGGUCAAGAGGCGAGUGGAUGCAGGGCGAUGAAGAAGAGAAGUUCACUCCACUCACUGUUCCCAAGAGACAGAUACUCCACAAUGUUAAUAGUGCCUCGCUGUUUGAGUUCCUAGCGGUGACGGAGCGUCAGUUGGGCCCUUUCAAAACCGCGUGGU